AGGAUGUCCCCGGAUGACCGAGCAGCUCAGGUCACGUGAUGUCACGUUCAGCACGACGUGUUUGUUCAGUCGGGACCAGGUCCCUGAUGACGUCAAAGCAAACCUGUCGCAGCUCUCGCCCUCAGCCUUCAUCAGAUUCCUCUCAUCCCUCCGAUCGUUACGUGAGCUGGACGGUCGCGAUCCGACCAACUGUGAUGAAGCCGACGGCAGGUGACUGAGGAAUCUGUCUCGUGAUGAACGGGACUCCGGGCGGCUGUACGUCAGAGAUGCCUCCGGGCUUCCUGCCUCGUCUCAGAGGCCUGUACAUCGCCACCGAGCUCGUCAUCGCCACGCUGGCCGUCAUCGGAAACGUCCUGGUCUGUGUGGCCGUCACCCGCAACAAGAAGCUGCGCACGGUCACCAACUACUUCCUGGUUUCACUGGCAGUGGCCGACAUCCUGGUGGGCUUGGUGGCCAUCCCCUGUGCGGUGCUGACGGACCUGGGUGAACCUCGACACAACCUGCCGCUCUGCCUGGUGCUGCUCAGCAUCCUGAUCGUACUCACUCAGAGCUCCAUCCUGAGCCUGUUGGCCGUCGCAGCAGAGCGCUACAUGGCGAUCCUGCUGCCCUUCCAGUACCAGCGCAUGAUGAGCCCCAGGAACGCCCAGCGGGCCCUGCUGGUCACCUGGGGCCUCGGGGCCCUGUCCGGCUCCGUGCCGCUCAUGGACUGGAAGAGACAACCAGCCGACUCUGACUACUGCGUCUUCACCUGUGUGGUGGACAUGAGCUACAUGGUUUACUUCAACUUCUUCUGCUGCCUGCUGGUGCCUCUGCUCUUCAUGUUCAUCAUCUACGGCCACAUCUUCCUCACCGUCCGCCGUCAACUCCGACGCAUCGCCGUGGCCACCAGGGGAACCGGCGAGGACGGCAGCGGGAGCGGCAGGACGGGGACGGAGGACUCCGGGAGCUUGGCCGCUGGGGAGCGAUCGGGAGGUGAGGUCGACCGGGGGACGGGAAGGGGAACAGGCAGACGACCGGAGGACCAGAGUGAGGCUGAGGUGAGGGCAGGGGAGGAAGUGGAGUCUGGCUUCGGGUCCGUGAUUGACACUCAGACUUCUACCGUCUUCCCAAAGCCAGGCGUCAGGAGCGCCUCGGAAAACCUUAACUCCACUCCGCGUCCGGGAGAAUCCAAAUCCAACACCCGCACCCGUCAGGAAGCGAGGAAGGCCACGUCCCUCUUCCUCGUCCUCUUCCUCUUCAUGGUGUGCUGGCUGCCCAUCCACCUCAUUAACUGCAUCCUGCUGCUCUGCCCGAACUGCGACGUGCCCAUGUCGCUCACGCUCGCGGCCAUUUUGCUUUCCCACGCCAACUCGGCCCUGAACCCCAUCCUGUACGCCUACAGGAUGAGGUCGUUCCGACACACUCUGACGGGAAUGUGGAGGGGAGUGUGGCGCGUCAGGCCCAAACACCAGUAGACGAGACCUGUAAAUGAUUCUGUGUACAAGGUUGCGUUAGAUCUAGUUUUCUUUGGCCACUAGGGGGCAGUGCCACUUUCAAAAAGGAGAUUCAGCGCUAAUUGUCCCCUCCACCUACAAAAAAUAUAUUUUUUUAAGAUUUUGAAAAAGUUUAAAAUGAUCUAUUGAUUAUAAAACAUUUUUCUACUUAUUUUAUGCAAAAAAAGGAGGGCAAUGGUGCACAUUUAUGAAAAUAAGGGUUGAGCCUUGGCUAGAUAUACAAAAAUAAAUAAGCAGAAGUGCAAAUAUACAAGUGCUAACGUACAAAUAAUUGUAAUGAAGUGAAAAAGAAGUGGCCACAAUAUUUGCUCAAAGGAACUGCAAAAGUGAUUAGAUAGUGAAAAAAAGAAAAAACAUGAAAAUGUAAUAUUCUUGAGCUUAAAGCAUAAAGUCUGUAAAAUGUACAACGUCUGAACGUGCUGCUGCUUAUUAAUAUCGUAAUAUUAAAAGUUUGCGGUUGUGGAAAUGAUUUUAACAGUGCGCAGCAUCAAAUCAGAGGCGAGUCGAUUCAACAUAACUGCGUGCUUUAUUGAUAUACAGUAAAGCAUUUUAUAAUACAGUAGUAAGGCAUAUAUUUGGUGGAAUCUGAUAUGUUGUGAAGUAUCUGAUGCGUUAUUUGAAAAAAUGUUGUGAUAAUGAAAUAAAUGUUAGAAAUGAAAAACAAAAACAGACAAAAUCAAUCAAAUUCAGUGUCUGGACCAAAAACAAAAAACAAAA